AUGCAAGAACACAGCGGCGUUUGUCUGAAAAACUCGGACGUCGACGAGCUGCGGGCCCGCUUUGUGGGUCCGAAGGAACAUAAGGCUCGAGAUCUCGUGGCCACGUCGCUGGACGUGCUGCAGGUCCUUCAGGGCAGAAAGCCCUUGCAGAACCACAUCUACGGCUACGUCGUCCUCAUGGGCGACCACCACACCAUCGCCAGGGGGACCUUCAGGGCGUACGAGAUCCUCCACGACAAGAGCGUCCGCAUCGCCAACAGGCACGGGCGCGGCGGCCAGUCGCAGAACCGCUUCGCCAGACUCGCCGAGGAGACCCGCGUGCAGCACCUGAACCUCGUGCUCGACCGCAUGGCCGAGGCCUUCUUCGACGGCGAGGGGCGCUGCUCGGUCGAGAAGAUCGUGGUGGGCGGCCCCGGGCCCAUGAAGCAGCAGCUGCUCGAGCACCUGCCCGAGAAGUGGGCCGAGGCCGUGGACCAGAACCCCGUGACCGUGGACCACACGAGCGCCCUCGGGAUGCACGAGCUCGUCCAGCUGCUGGAGGAGAGGUGCGCCCUGGUCUCCAAGGUGGAGCUGCAGAGGCAGAGGCAGAGGAUGCGCAAGGAAGGCCGGAAGGAUCAGAAGGGGCAGCAGCGGGGCGGUGGCAGGAAGGAGCGCCAAGAGAAGGCAAAUGAGAGAAGGAAGAGGGAGGAGGAGGAGGAGGAGAGGCUCAGGGAAGAGCGCGAGAGGGCGCUGCAGGAGCAUCUCGAGCGGCGCAAGGGCAAGAAGAGGCAGAACUGA